AUGGACGAGACGCAACCACUGCUCAGAAAUGCCAUCCAGGCUCAGCCGGGCCCGGACAAGACCGCUCACCCAAGCGACAUCGUUGAUUUCGACCCAAAUGGUGACCUGGAAAACCCAAGAGACUGGCCCAAUGUCUACAAAUGGGGGAUUGUGGCUUUGCUCGCUUUUAUGGCCUUCACAGUGACUUUCACAUGCAUAUCGGUUGUGCCCGUUGCCAAUCGGAUCGUGUACGACCUCGACGGCACCAGGAGCAAGUCCGCCAGCGUCCUCCUGGUCACAAUAUGGGAGUUUGGGGAGGCGUUUGGCCCCCUCGUGCUCGCUCCGCUGUCUGAGUCGUUUGGGAGGUAUCCGGUCUUUAAUGUGGCCAACGUCCUCUUCAUCUCCGCCACGGUGCUGGCGGCACUGUGCCAAAGCACGCCGCUCUUCAUCACCGCGCGAGCCUUGACCGGUGUCGCCGUCGCUUCGAAUGUGCUCAACCCGGCCAUUGUGGGCGACAUGUUCGUGUCGGAACAGCGCGGGUCGGCCAUGAGUUUCAUCAUGCUGGCGCCUUUGUUGGGAGGGGCCAUCGGCCCUGCCAUUGCCGGCGCCAUCGCCGAGACGUUGGGCUGGCGCCAGGUCCUCUGGGUGGGCGUGACGCUGGCCAGCGCGUGUGAAAUCGCGUUUCUCACGUGUUUCCGCGAGACUUACAAGGUGACCAUCCUCAACCGCAGAGUUGCCAGGCUGAGGAAAGAGACCGGCAAUCUCGCACUACGGACAGCGGUUGAUGUGGACGACGCCGAAGCGAAUGUGAAGGGAAGCACGAAGCUGUGGGAUUCGGUCCUGCGGCCGUUUGUCGUCUUCUUCGACUCGGGUGUGUUGCAGGCCAUGUCCCUCUUUGGGUCGCUGGUAUUCACCUAUUUCUACGUCAUGUCGACGACGCUGCCGGAUAUCUUGGAGGGCAUCUAUGGUCUUUCACCUGCAUUGACUGGAUCCAUGUUCAUCACUUUCAGUGUCGGAUCCGUCGUCAGCGUGAUCAUCUGCAACCUCCUCCUCGACCGCGUCUACAUCCGGCUGCGCGACGCCCAGAAAGGAGCCAUCCGGGAAGGACAGCCCGAGUACCGCCUCCCGCUCGCCAUGGUUGGCGGCUUCACGCUCCCCUUCAUGGUCGCCCUGUACGGCUGGGCGGCCGAGCUCCAUGCCCCGCUGCCGGUCUUGAUCCUCGUCCUUGUCUUCCUCGGCGCCGCGCUGAUGCUCGGCUUCAUCCCGCUGAUGGCCUACGUGGUCGACGCGUUCAAGCUGUACUCGGCUAGCGCCAUGACCGCGCUGAUCGUCACACGGUGCCUGAUGGGCACGUUCCUGCCGCUCGGCGUCGAGCCCUUGGUCAAGGCCAUGGGGUACGGGUGGGGCUUCACUAUCUUGUGUGUGCUGAGUCUUGCCACCGCGCCCAUCCCUGUCCUGAUUUACCGUUAUGGUGCGAAGUGGAGGAAGUUGUCGACGUACACGGAACAAGAAAACUGA